AUGCAGAGUCUCUUCUUGCAACUUACCCUCCUCGCCUCUUUAGCUUCGGGCUACUGGUUGCCGGAGACUCUGGGCAAAGGCCAGUUCAAGACUUGCGUCGUGCCCAAAUCCAAGGGCGACGAUUCUCCGACUAUCAUUUCUACGGUCCAGUCAUGCGGCGCCAACUCUCGCAUCGUUUUCAGCGCAGGAACCGAAUACAGCCUGCUGACGCCUCUAAAAUUCUCCCAUUUGACCAACGUCGAGUUCUCUAUUGAAGGAAACCUCACCCUCUCAGACAAUCCCGCAACAGUCUCUGCAGUUGUCCAAAACAGAUCUGUCUACCCAGGCCAUUGGAUCACCGUUUCCAACAGCCAGGGUGUUACAUUCACGGCUUCUGGCACCUCUGGUGGAGGAUGGAUCAUUGGCCAUGGCGACAAAUGGUGGCCAUCAGCCACGGACAGUAGCAACAAUGGAAGACCGCACUUCUUCUCUUUUGGCGUCACAGGCCUACGUCUCCGGGGCCUCAAGGUCCUCAACCCCGUGGCUUGGGUCUUUUCCAUGGGUGGAAACGACGUCUACAUGACGGACACUCUGCUAGAUGCACGAUCCAUGAGCGCUUUCCCAUUCAACACUGAUGGAAUCGAUGUGAGUGCCUCGAACGUCGUUAUCGAUGGCUGGAAGAGUUACAAUGGCGACGACAUCAUCAAUGUCUCCCCGCCUGCAGUCAACGUCACCAUGCGCAACAUCGUUGCUUAUGGUACCCAUGGAAUUUCCGUUUCCUGCGCUUCUGGAUCCGGUAGCCAAUACUUGUUUGAAAAUGCCGAGAUUCAUGACUCUUUGCUGGGAGCCCGAUUCAAGGGUUCUGUCGGCACAACCUGCCAGAUUUCCGACGUCACCUGGCGUAACAUGACCAUUACCAACACAGCUUACCCUAUCCACUUUAUCGAGGACUACGUCGACCAGGAGAAGGGAGCGGCUGGGAAGGAUGCCUCUCUUGCGGCGUUCGCGAAAAACUUCAAGUGGGAGAGCAUUACUGCGCAUACCGGCAAGGAUCUCAAGGACGGAAGCUGUGUUUCGAACCCGUGCUGGAGUAAGACACUAGGCGAAUCAACCAAAAAGGGCAUGUACAUUAUCUGCAAAGACGCAGCUCAUUGCCAGGACUUCCACUUUUCGGACAUCACCCUUGUGGCAGCAGAUGGAAGUGCUGGCGAGAUGCAAUGUGUUGGAUUGGAAAACGACAAGGGGCUUGGUAUUCCUUGCACGAAUGGCACUCUUGCUGCGUCGAAGUAA